ACCAAGCAACCAGCGGCUGAAUUUUAUAGUUCACCGGGACCGAGAGAAACACGCGGGUAUAUACGUUUUAUGGCUCAUUUAUAGUCACAUCAACUCGCUUUCUCAUCGGAGAGGGACGCAAUGGCUUUAAGCGUUUUGCUGAUUCCAGACAGUAGAAUUGGAACUCUCUAUGUAAAUGAUCCCUAACAAAAGGAAUCUGUCAUUUUAAAUAAGUGUGUGUUUGCACACAACGGUCUGAUAUUUCAUCACCAUUGACCUCCUUAAGGACAUUGAAAUAUGGCUGGACAUUGGUGACCUUAUGAAUUGAAUGAACUAAUAAACAACAGUGGGGUGUAAACAUCACAUCCUGAAUACCAAAGACACCUGGAAUAUAAACAUCUUCAAAUACGAAGCUGUAGCCAUGGAAACCAAAUGUAAAGUCCAAUGGAAACAAGUAUCCAUGGUAACCAAAAACUCUGUCUGGCUCUUGUCUUCGACCAUAUGGAUUUUUUUGGCUGGAGUUGUGCAAGCAACCAUGGCGAAUGAAGAUGACAUCACAGCACGCAUCAUGUUCUCAUACAAUGCAGAAGGACGACCGUUGAGAGAGUUCUCAGUGGAGGGUGUAUAUAACUACUCAACACUUCUGCUGAGCCCAGAUGAGGGCAAGUUGUAUGUGGGAGCCAAGGAGAACAUAUUCUCUCUCAGCCUGGACGACAUCAGUGCAACGUAUCUUCAGAGAACUCUCUCAUGGAACACACCUGAAAGAAAAAGGACAGAAUGCAGCUUUAAGGGAAAGGACCCUCAGACGGACUGUUUCAAUUACAUCAAGAUUUUACUCCAUUUGAAUAGCACACAUCUGUAUGUGUGUGGGACAUAUGCCUUCAGCCCCACGUGUGCUUACAUUAACAUUUUGAAUUUCUCUCUGGAGAGCGGUGAACUGGGUCAACAUGUUUUGGAGGAUGGCCGUUUACGUUGCCCUUUUAAUCCAGAAUCCAGAUCUACAGCUAUUAUAGUUGGCGGGGAGCUGUACACGGCUACUGUCAGUAACUUCCAGGGAAAUGAACCCACCAUAUAUAGGAGUCUAGGGUCUGGCGCUCCUCUAAAAACAGAAAACUCUCUUAACUGGCUCCAGGAUCCAGCGUUUGUAGGUUCUGCUCAUAUUUUGGGUUCAGAUGAGGAAGGUUAUGAUCAGAUCUACUUUUUCUUCAGUGAGAUGGGGAAGGAGUUUGACUUUUUUGAUAACACCAGAGUGUCCAGGAUUGCACGUGUGUGUAAGGAGGAUCAGGGUGGGGAGAGAGUGUUGCAGAAGAAGUGGACCACAUUUUUGAAAGCCCAGCUCUUGUGUUCGCUCCCAGACGAUGGCUUUCCGUUUAACAUCAUACAGGAUAUUUAUGUGCUUCCAGCUCAAAAGCAGAGUGACACACUCCUCUAUGCAGUCUUUACUUCUCAGUGGAGCAAAGGUCUGGCAGGCAGUUCAGCCGUGUGUAUUUUCAGCAUGGAUCUAGUAGAGCAAGCGUUUAAUGGUCGUUACAAAGAGGUCAAUCGAGAGACACAACAAUGGUACAAACACACACUCUCCGUACCUGAACCACGACCUGGAAUGUGUAUUACCAAUGCUUCAAGGCAGAUGGGAAUAGAGUCGUCCCUUGAUAUGCCAGAUAAGGUGCUAAACUUUGUGAAAGAUCACUUCCUGAUGGACAGUCCGAUUAAAAGUCAGGCUGUGCUCUUCACACACACUGUACGCUACACACAAAUUGCUGUGCACCAUGUGCAAGGCCUCCACAGGGCUUACGAUGUGAUGUUUAUCGGCACGGACGAUGGACGUUUGCAAAAGGCUGUGAAUGUGGCUGGUACGAUGCACAUCAUUGAGGAGAUCAGUCUGUUUCUAGAGCCACAACCAGUACAUCAUAUAGAGCUGGACUCAACAAAGGGUUUGUUAUUUGUGUCGUCACACUCUGGCAUUGUGCAGCUGCCAGUAGCAAACUGCAGUUUCCAUAACAACUGUGGGGAGUGUAUUUUAGCCAAAGACCCAUACUGCGCCUGGACAGGCACACAUUGCACUGAUGUCACAGGAACUCCAAAACAAAAACAUUGGCAGCAGGAUAUAGAGAUGGCAGACACCCUAUCAAAAUGUAAAAGCACACUGUUUCAUACUGACUCUAAGAACACAGUGUUACCACGUUCCUUCCCAAGUGCACUGUCGUCUGACUGCCAGCUCAUUGUCGUCCCUGUGAACACUCUUCGUUUGCUGCCCUGCAAGCUUCGCUCCAACCACGCCCACAGAAAAUGGCUGUACAAACCAGAUGUAAGUCACUUCCUGUUUCAGAGCCCAGAAGGUGGAUUGGUAGUCAGUGGCCGAGCUGGAUGUGAGGAGAUCUUCUCUUGUUGGUCGGAGGAGAGUGGCUUCCGGCAGCUCUUGGCCAAUUACUGCGUGAGAGCAGAACCUUUGUCUGAGAUGACCACCAAUUUAGGACGGAUGGAAGAACCUUUUAUAAUUCAGGGCAUAUCGUCAGACAUCCUGUCCGGUGAAUCUUCGCGCUCUGCUCAACAGCGCAUCAAGACGUAUGGCACUGAGCUAGCGGUGGUGUGUGUGUUGUUAGCCAUGUGUGUGCUUUCCUUUGGCCUGUCUCUGGUAUACCGACAGAGGGGCCGGAUGAAGGAGAUGCUAAGGGGAGGAGAGCAAACUGGAGGAGCCCAGAAAAGCCCAGUCAGACCUGGGGAGAGUUUACCCCUGAAUGGUGGUGUGCUUCCAACCUCCCCAUCAGACCACAAAAGCUACCAGACAUUGGAGGAAAACUGUAGCUACAUAAUCUCUCCACCAGAGACUUCUUGCACAAACACAUUACCACAGCAGAACUCUGUGGAAGCACAGACACUCACCCAAACACCACAGAAUGGGUUUAAAGACAGUCAUGUGGAGAUCAGUGACAUUUCCCCUCGCCCACGGGUCCGUUUGGGUUCUGAGAUCAGAGACUCCGUGGUAUAAAUAUGUGCAUGUGAUAUGGAAAUCCCACCCAAAUACAAUGUAACUCUCCUGAUGUUCACUUUGUUGUCAAUGGGCAGCUUUACCGAAUGACUUUAAAGCCCUGAUCACAAGUGAAAGGAGGGAUAGAGAUAUACUGCCACUUAAGUGCGAACAGAGGUACUCUAGGCAUCAUUUCAGGGUGCCAUGCUUUGUGUAAAUGGCCAGAUUUGAACUAAUUUAGACAAUGCCCUCAAGUCUGCUUUGAGUCGAAAACCGAAGUUAAAUUUCAUGUCAUGUUGGAGAUAACAAGGUUGUUGUUUUCUUCAAAUGUAGAAAAGGGACAUCUUAAAAAUGCCUGGCGUCUAUAAUGGUACGUCGAGUAUGAAGAAAUUCAAAGAAGGAAUAUGUGCUUGAAGAUAAAAUGUAUAAGGAUGACCAUUAAGGAACGAUAAGGUUUCUAAUUCCUUUGAAUGUACAUAUGAAAACAUGUAAAGCACAAAAGUCAACAUUCAUUGUUACCACAUUCACAAGUGUUUAAUACAGCAUGGUCCAAUAGACAGAUUCUGGCAACAUUCUACACAGAAACAAUAUGCUACUGUACAAUAAUACCAUAACAUAAAAAGUAAACAACAUUAAUUAGUACUUGUAUAAGGUGUGAGGUAAUGACCAGAACGAAUAUUGUAGAUCAUUUGGACACAAAAAAAUUGGAUACCAUGUAUGAUGCUGCCAGUGUUAAAAAGAGUUGUUUAUUGGUAUAUAAGCUGUUUGAGGUGUGAUGGAGCUACUAGUUAGUUUUACAAACCGGUUUGGAAUUGUUACAAAAAAUCUUUAGGGGGACAUAAUUUGCAUACAUAACCCAGUUUAACUGUGAAAUGCUUGUUUUUUAAACAUUCCAUUUUUCAGCUUUUGUGUACUGAAUGGUAAAUAGAUUUUGAUCUUUUAUACUUUA